AUGACGGUAGAGGAGGAUGAGGAGGAGAAGAAGAAGAAGGCGGAGAUGGAGGAGAGAUUGGAUACUGUUAUCCAAUUGGAUGAACUGAGCUUUGAUCUUAUUGCUGUUGGAGGAGUAUAUAUAAGCUUAUUGCUGGUGGAGGAGUACUAUAAACUGAAGUAUAGGGGGCACGAUGAUGAGGAGUUUUCAGAAGACUCUGAUGAGUUUUUGAGGUUUGUUGAUGAUGGCGAUAAACCUCUUUACCCUGGUUGUACCCGUUUUACAAAGUUGAAUGGACUUGUUAAAACGUAUAAUCUGAAAGCAAAGCAUGGGUUAAGUGAUGCAUGCUAUUCUGAUAUGUUAAUACUGAUCGGAAUAUUGCUUCCAGAAGGUAAUGAGAUACAUACAUCUUUCUACGAGGCUAAAAAGACGUUGUGUGCAUUAGGAAUGGGCUACGAAAAAAUACAUGCAUGCCCUAAUGAUUGUAUCUUAUAUAGGGACAGUCAUGUUGAUGCCACUAGCUGCCCUACUUGUGGCAUAUCUAGGUGGAAGUUGGGAAAGAAUAAUGUAGAGAAAGAAGGGGUUCCAGGUAAAGUUUUGUGGUAUUUUCCACCUAUACCUAGGUUCCAAAAAAUGUUUCAAUCAAAGCAUACAGCUAAAACCUUGACUUGGCAUGCUGAUGAGCGAGUCAAGGAUGACAAAUUAAGGCAUCCGGCUGAUUCCCCUACUUGGAAGUUAGUGGACGAUAAGUGGCCUGCUUUUAGUUCAGACCCUAGGAAUCUAAGGCUUGCGCUUUCCUCCGACGGAUUCAAUCCCCACAGUUCCCUAUCUAGUAGAUAUUCUUGUUGGCAUGUCAUAUUAGUGAGCUACAAUCUUCCUCCAUGGCUAUGCAUGAAGAGGAAGUACAUGAUGCUCACUUUGUUAAUCUCGGGACCUAAACAACCUGGAAAUGACAUUGAUGUCUACCUCCAACCGUUGAUAGAUGAUUUGAAGAUUUUGUGGGAUGGGGUUGAAGGGGUCUAUGAUGCUUAUAGGAAUCAGUACUUCACAUUAAAAGCAGUCCUCUUUUGGACAAUCAACGACUUCCCUGCAUAUGGGAACUUAUCAGGCAGCAUUGUGAAAGGAUACAAUGCGUGUCCUAUUUGUCUAGAGAACACCAAACCUCUUAGGCUCAGUCAUGGUCAAAAGAUGUCGUAUCAGCGGCAUCGAAGAUUCUUACCACGUCACCAUCCUUAUCGAAGACAGGCAGCAGCUUUUGAUAACACUGAAGAAGCUGACCUUGCUUCUGUUCCAUUAAGUGGACAAGAAGUGUUGGAAAGAGUGGAAGGGUUGAACAUGCGUUUUGGUAAAAAGCACCGUCAUCCUUCAUAUAAGAGUGUUGAAGAUGUGAACAGACCGUGUUGGAAGAAGAAAUCAGUUUUCUUCGAAUUGGAGUACUGGAAGUUUUUACCGGUUCGCCACAAUCUGGAUGUCAUGCACAUCGAGAAGAAUGUGUGUGAUGCACUCAUUAGAACAUUGCUGAACAUUCCUGGGAAAACAAAAGAUGGGGUGGCUGCUCGAUUUGAUAUGGUGGCUAUGGGUAUAACUGUAUAA